CAGCUAGAGAGAGUUUUCUUUUUCUCAUUUUCUUUUGUUCCCUCGAUUUGCCGACGCGCCAACGGCUACUUUUUCCUCCGGAGACGGAGGAGCUCUCAACGUGCGAGCCCUAAAUCCUUGGUAGUCGACCAAAGUUUCAGAUUCGAAAAGCAAUCGAGUUGUAGAGAAGGAUAACCAAACUAAACAAGAAGAAAGAUUAUCGGUUGUAGUGUGUUGUGUGUUUACAGUACCCCGAAUACGAUAAAUGGAGCAGCCAAAGAAAGUAGCUGAUAGGUAUCUCAAGCAAGAGGUUCUCGGGCAAGGUACUUACGGCGUCGUCUUCAAGGCCACUGAUACUAAGACAGGAGAAACUGUAGCAAUCAAGAAGAUAAGGCUUGGUAAACACAAGGAAGGUGUAAACAUUACGGCUCUCAGGGAAAUCAAAAUGCUCAAAGAGCUAAAGCAUCCUCAUAUCAUUCUCUUGAUCGAUGCGUUUCCUCACAAAGAGAACUUGCACCUUGUGUUUGAGUUCAUGGAGACUGACCUCGAAGGAGUCAUUCGCGAUUCAAACGUGUUCCUCUCACCUGCCGACAUCAAAUCUUACCUCCUAAUGACACUUAAAGGACUUGCUUAUUGCCACGAGAAAUGGGUUUUGCACAGGGAUAUGAAGCCAAAUAACUUGUUGAUAGGACCUGAUGGACAGCUGAAACUUGCAGAUUUUGGAUUAGCACGUAUAUUUGGUACUCCUGAUCGUAAGUUUACCCAUCAGGUGUUUGCUAGAUGGUACAGAGCACCAGAACUUUUGUUUGGUGCAAAACAAUAUGGUGCUACAGUUGAUGUUUGGGCUGCUGGCUGCGUAUUUGCUGAACUUCUGCUACGCAGACCAUUUCUUCAGGGGAACAGUGAUAUCGAUCAAUUAAGCAAAAUAUUUGCUGCCUUUGGGACACCAAAAGCGGAUCAAUGGCCAGACAUGAAAAGCCUUCCUGAUUACGUAGAGUAUCAAUUUGUCCCAGCACCUUCUCUACGUUCUUUAUUCCCAGCAGUUAGUGAAGAUGCUCUCGAUUUAUUGUCCAAGAUGUUUACAUAUGACCCAAAGGCUAGAAUUUCUGUUAAGCAGGCUCUAGAACACAGGUACUUUACUUCUGCACCUUCUCCUACUGACCCUGCUAAGCUCCCAAAGCCACUUCGGAAGCAGGAAACUAAAGCCUCUUACGGUAAACAUGAGGCUAUCAAAGUGGUAUCACCACCACGUAAGAUUAGAAGAGUAAUACCUGAGCGUGGGUGGGUUGAUGGUAUGAAGUCUCACGUUGACAAGGAUCAACAAGCACCCAUGUCAUUAGAUUUUACCGUCCUCGCUGAGCGGCCUCCUAACCGACCAACCAUCACCAGUGCCGAUAGAUCUCAUCUGAAGAGGAAGCUUGAUCUCGAUUUCUAAUAGUAAUGUUCUCUUACAUUCAGUUUUGCCUCUGGUGAGACUACAACAUUGUUAGAUUGUCAUUUUUACUACCGCUGGUGUAAGUUGGCGAUUUAUUCUUCUGUCCCCUAUAAUUCGACUAUGAUAAUCAUACUUUAUUGUAUUUGUCUUACUUGCUUUAUUCAUUGUAAACUAAUAAUCAUGUACUGAUUAUAAAGCUUUCCACUUUUCCCUCUGGGCA